UCUACGUAGAAGAUGGAAGGAACCCAAAUUGGGUUUGUGCGGUUAGGACCAAACCGCGCAACGUGUACGACGUUGGACAGGGGGAUGGGAGUAAUGAGGAUGGUACAACCUACCAUGAGUGCGUACCGCUCGUACUAGCCACUGCUGACCUACCAGAUACGAAUGACGAAUUCGAGUACGACAGGCCCGACGUAGAUCCUAUUGAAGCUCCCGUGAUACAAUGAUUGAUGUAUUUGUUGUAUUGAUGGACCAGAGACCCCCUCAUUAUGCGUAUCGGGCACCUAGCCCACCCGUGCCCCCCAUGACCACGCCCACUGUUUCGACGGCAUUGUAUUCUGCAGCGUGGCCACACCACCCAGACGGGCCUUAUAGACCAUUGUUGCCGGGUACGGUGGCCGUGCCCACGUCAGAUCACGGACAGAGCAGCACAGCUGGACCUUGCAGCUCUCCAUUGUCGGAGCUGCCGACAUUAUCUCAGAUAGGGUUCACCCAACCGGGUAACGCAUAUCGAUGGUGGCUGCGAGAAGGGAUGGGGUCACAGGGUUAUGCGCCGUACUUUCCGUAUACGUAUAGUGGACCUAUGACGUGUAACCCUGAUAGUGAGACGCAGGAUGUAGGAUUUCCACUGUCACAGACCGGGGAGAUGCAGAUGCCGGCUAUGGGGUUGGGACAGAUACCGACACAGGCGGCGAUGCCUGGCCAGAUUUUGGGGCCGAGACAGAUGCCAGCAUCGGGGGCGAGUCAGGGCCCGGGGCCGAGACGGAUGCCAGCAUCGGGGGCGAGUCAGGGCCCGAGGCAUGUAGAGAGCCAGAUGCCUUUAUCUGGUGAGAGCCAGAUGCCACUUUCCGGUGAGAGUCAGAUGCCAGAUGUGGGGGGGAGCCAGAGUACCCAUGAGGAGGACGUUGCGAUGUUGGGUACCGAUCAGUUGGCCCCCGGUAGUCCCCAGGAUAUGGAUUCAGAUGAUGAUCAGCAGGAUCCACAAGCCGGAGGGGUUGGGGAGGAGGUUGCGGGCGACCCAGCGACCCAGCACAUACGGAUUGAGCAGAUUCGGUUGAUGGGGUACAACCCAGACGGGACCAUUUAUUAUGAGGUGAUUGACGACCCAGCGAGAAACUGGGUCCUCCCGAGGGGUAAGAAGGUUGUAUUGCAGUACAAUGCUGCUAUACAACCUGUAGGACGGGCCUGCAAUCGAUUUCGGCGGGCUGAGGGCAAGAUGAUCAGGAGUGGGUCCUACAUACACAUGCGGGACGAAUGGGCGAAGGUAAAUAGGCAGAUUAAGCAGGCAAUGUGGGACGCGCUGAUGGAGGAGUUCUAUGUACCUGUAUCAGUAGACGCGCGCAGGGCACAACAGGAGGCUUUAUGUGAUAUUGGCCGUAAGCACCGCUCGUGGAAGUCGAGGUUCAAAACCAAACUACGUAUUAGAGACGGUGACACGCCCGAGAUUAUCCGUGCGAGAAUGCCGGACAAUUUUUUUGGCAACUAUGACGCAGAAGAUGUAGAGUUCCUGCUGAGAGAUUGGUGCCGUGAGCAAAAAAUCGUAUGUAGGCCAAGAAAAUGUUGUGGUUUUUUAAUAACAGUUUAUUUAAUUUUAGUUUUAAUUUAAGUGUGUCAAUGCUUACAUUUUUAUUUUCAUGUUAAAUGCGUAGGCAACCUCUGAACGGAUGAAGAGGCUGCGCGAGCAGAAUGACCUUCCUCAUUGUACGGGAUCUAAAAGUUAUGCCAGAUUUAAUCACGAGGAGACAUGUACAUCUGGCACGCCCCCCACUCGCGCCGCGUCGUUCGUGAAGACCCACACAAGGAAGGACGGCACUCACGUGAACGAACGUACACGGGUCCUAUGCGAGAGGAUGACGCAGAGUUUAUCCAGUGAUCCAGCCGCCACGCAAAGCGUCUCCGCAGACACGGUGCGUUGGGCACCGAACGACGCUUACGAACAGGCGGUUGGGAGGCCUGAGUAUGCAGGGAGGGUUCGGCAGGUUGGGCCGAACGUCACACCUGUUCAGGGGACAUGUUUCUCAUAU